ACCUGCCCAGUCCAUUAUGUCAGCUGUCAAUAACACCAAAUUCACAUCUGCAGUGUUCCUUCUCACUGGGAUACCUGGGCGGGAAGACAUACAUCUCUGGAUCUCUAUCCCCUUCUGCUUGACGUAUGUCAUUUCCAUAGUAGGAAAUUCACUCAUUCUGUUCAUUAUAAAAACAGAUCAAAGCCUCCAUGAGCCAAUGUACAUUUUCCUUUCAAUGUUGGCCGUCACAGACCUUGGCUUAUCGAUAUCUACCAUACCAACGACAUUGGGGAUAUUAUUAUUUAACUCUAGGGCAGUCAGCCUUGGUGCCUGUUUUGCCCAGCUGUUCUUCAUCCACUCGCUUUCAUACACUGAAUCCUCCGUGCUCCUGUUGAUGGCCUUUGACCGCUUCGUCGCGAUAUCUAACCCACUGAGAUAUGCUUCCAUCUUAACCCCACUGAGAAUAGCCAGGAUGGGACUUUUCUUUGUGCUAAGAUCGGUGGCCCUUAACUUUCCACUUCCCUUUCUCCUGAAACGGUUCCGAUACUGUCGAGCCAAUGUCCUCUCCCAUUCCUACUGCCUGCACCAGGAGGUCAUGAAGAUGGCUUGUUCAGACAUCACAGUCAACAGCAUCUAUGGCUUGUCUAUUAAACUCUUAACGGUAGGCUUAGACUCGUUGCUCAUCUUUCUCUCUUAUGUGAUGAUCCUCAAAACUGUGCUGAGUGUCGCAUCCCACGCAGAGUGCCUCAGGGCCCUGCACACCUGCGUCUCCCACCUAUGCGCUGUACUGCUCUUCUACACAUCAGAGAUUGGCUUGUCUGUGAUACACAGAUUUGGGAACAGCUCUUCUCACUUCCUUCAGAUUCUCCUGGGAUAUGUCUACCUGCUGGUCCCACCCCUGAUGAACCCAAUCGUGUACAGCGUGAAAAGCAAACACCUUCGUGCAAGGAUAAUCAGGAUGUUCAUCAAAUGAAGGGUCAAUUUAUCACCUGAUUCCAGUGCUGGUGACACGGGACAUGAAAAACAUGGGCCACCUAUUCCAUCCUGGACACUUACAUCCGAGAUGAAAUGAGCUAUUGCUCUCCACUCUGUAGAGAGAGGUUGAAAAGGGGUGAGGAAGGAUAGUGAACUGGGGACAGGGUCCAAGGCAAGCAGCAGCAUUUACACAGUGAUUUUAUUCAUGGAG